GCUGCUGACAGUGCUGACUGCUGACGUAGCGUAAAAAUAAAUAACUUGACAAUCGUCAUUACUUUUAUCAAUAAAUACUGUUUUCAAAAUGUUGAUGGUGGAAAGCAAGUGUUGAAAUAAUGUCCGAGACAAAAUUCGAUGGAGCCUUGUGUGCUUUAAAUAAGCCUCAAGAUGAGAGAACGUUGUUAAAAAUAUUGUUAAUUAUACGGAAGGAAGUUGAGUGGCCUAAAAACAAAGACAACAUCACAAAGUUACGUGAAAAAGGAUGUCUGAAGCAGCUCGUAACAAUCUUACAAAAACAACAAAAAAGUGUGUUAGACGUGGUUUUAAGUAUUUUAGGUAAUUGUUUGAUGGAUAGAGGAUGUACAAGGGACGUGGUCGGUACUUACAACAUUUUGUCACCCAUAAACCAACUUCUAAAGCGAUUUGCGAAAGAAGAUAGCAUCAAUGGCAGAAUCUUUAGAAUAAUUGGAAAUAUGUGCCAGCAUAGAGAUCAAUGGGGUAAUAUUAUUUUAGAUCGAAAGCCACAAAUAGUUAAUCAUAUAGUGGAUUUUAUUAAGAAAGUCUCAAAAGAUGAAAUUCCAGAAGAUGAAACAGUUUCUGAAGCAACAGUAAUGAUGGCAAUUAGAGCUCUAAGGGUUAUGUUAAAUUGUCAAACAAUAAUAACAUUAGUAAAGACAUUUGGAGUCCUAAAAGCUAUAGGUUCUUUAUUCAUCAAGUACAGUCUAGAAUGGCAAGAAAAUAAAAAAAAUGAAAAUUUGCUGAACAAUAUCAUUAGAUUAUUCCAAGAUUAUUCCAGAUAUAAAUAUUAUCAUUCCAUUAUGGAAAUGAGGAAUACUGAUCGUGGAGAUUCUUUAAUACAUUUAAGUAACGUGCUAGUUUUAGCACCUAAACGUAUUGUAAAAAUUGUAAUGAACUUUAUUAGAAUUAGCCAGUUGAAGUCUGAACUUCCUAUUCCAGAAAUCUGUGAUAGAUUCAUUGAAGUUUUGAAAAAGUAUCCUAUUAUAAAAGAAUUUGAUGGAGAAUGCGUGGAAUAUUUGCAAUGUUUGUGUUACCUUCUUGACCAUCCUGCUAAUAGAAACAGUGAAAGAUGUGGCAAAAGUAUCCCCCUUCUCAUUCAGUUACUUUAUGAGUUCCAAGAACAGACAAAUAAAGUAUAUGAAUGUUGCAUUCUACUCAUAGCUUCUUUAAAUAAAUGCCGUUAUGAUGAUAGUCUUAUGUUGGAGCAACUCAAGUGUAAUAUUAUUCAAAUACUUGUAAACAAAUUGCAAUGGUUAGUUGGUAAAUCUAAUACAUUGAAUAUUGAGCAUAAACAUGUGAAGAAACGGAAAUAUGAUCUUUGUAGUAGUCCCAUCAGCCACAAGAGAUAUGGGACAGAAGAUGGUUUUAAAUCGUCUCCUCAAUCGUCGUCAUCUAAUGAAGACAAUUUUCGAUUAUACUCGCCUUCCUCUAGUGAUGAUGAACCGGACUUCUUUAAAUUUGACCGCAGCCCAAGUCCUUGUUCCAGUUCUGAUUCAGACAUGCCUCUGUCAUGGUCAUCCCCUUGUUCUAGUCCUAAAUCACUCAUAACUGAUGUAUCAGAUUCUGAUUCUGAUAAUUACUCUCCCAUUUGUAGUGAGGCUGAUAAUUCUGAAUUUCCCUUGACCUUACCUGAAGAAGAUGCCGCUCUUCCAACCAAUGAACCUUCUGAAAUUACUGAAUUGGAGGAACAGAAAUCAUUAGAGCAUCUUAACAACAAAACUGUAUCCCAUAGCCUAAAAGCAAGGCUUUUAACAGAAAUAACCAAACUACUGAAAAGUUACACUAAACUACGUCCCUCAGUUCCUCAGUUAGCGUCUGCAGAACUAUUGAUCGCUCUAUUAAAAUGUUCUGGAAAUUUUGAGUGGACGUUUUCCUACAGUGUAGAUACCAUAGAACUAAUAUGCAGGAUACUAGAUUCCCAUGACUACCUCAUACCUUUGAUGCAGACUGAAUUUAUUCAGACGGUAUAUGAUCUGACAGAUAUGCAACACCGUAAGUGGUGCACCAAGUGCUCGAAAUAUUUAAUUAUCGGGCAGACGAUACUAAGGAAAUUUACGUCUCUCGCUGAAUCAGGUGUCGGCAAAGGAGAUAUUGCACACAAAUUGAUGAGGGGCGAGAAUGAAAUUAAGCAGAAGUUGGUACUCGUCAUUCCAUAUAUAGUAAAGAACAAGUAUGUUCUGGGCAGAUUAAUGCUGAACUGUGGUGGUCUAGAGAUCCUAAUGAAAUUACUUCGAGGCGAUACAGAUCUGAAAAAAAGGAGUAUAAAAGUUCUUUGUGCGAUGGCCUCUAGGAAGUUAGAAAUAGCUAACCCGAAGGACGUAUUGUCAGCAGGUCUAAAUCGCCCAAAAAUAGUGGCAGAUAAAUACAAACUUGAUGAAAAUUGCACACACAUUGUUACUUUUAAAUUGGACGAUGGAACAUUUCUGAUCGCAGAUCGAGAGUUUUUAAGUGAGAGAUCUGAUUUUUUCAACAGAUUAUUGAACGGUCAUUUUAAAGAAAGUACCGAGGAUGUGAUCUCUCUCCAUAACGUUGAAUUGAAGCCUUUACGUUGCCUGUUACACUUAUUAACUUGUGUGGAUAAAUCGGAGACAAUUGAAAUAGAUCUCGAUCUGGACACUCUGUUGGAGGUCAUUGCUUUAAGUGAUCGUUAUCUCAUGAUAGACCUAUGCGUGGCUCUAACCGAUUGUAUAGAACAGUUCAAAAUUUCUCCGCAAACUGUACCAGUCAUUUAUCGAUGGUCUCUAGAAUCCGGUACGAAUUUGCUUCGAGUCGAAUCGAUAGCUUUUGCGCUAGUAGAAAACAUCGGUGACACUGAGAGAUUUGUUAUGUUUGAAAAUCUGUUCGGACUUGGAUAUUCUGAACAACUGGUUGAAGACAUACAGAAGUUACUAGUGAGAUAUUUGACUUGUUGGAUGGCUGAUGCUGACAAGUACAACUCCAACAAGAAUAAAAUUAUGGCACAUUUAAGAAAUUUAAGGGACAAUUUAUUAAAACAGUGUAUCUAAGCAGAGCUUGUAUAAGGAUGAUAUAUCCAAAGUCUAGAAUUUUUUUUAUUAUAUUUUGACCGAGUGUUAUUGUAAAGUUUUAUUUAUUAAUUGAUAGUUAUUGAACUGUAAUGAUGCGAUUAAAUAUUUUUUGCAUU